GAGACAGUACACGUGCCAUUUUCUUCAUCAAUGCUCAUGAGAAGUACCUGGGAAGCGACAUUAUAGGCACAUCUGUUUGCAGCGCGAGGAAUCGAAAUAGCUGUUGCUGUCAUUUUGUGAAGUCAAAAUGGGCGAGCUAUCUGAUUACUUGGUCGAGCACGAUCCCAACUUCCGCAAAACUCGACUCCCUGCGCUGUAUUCCGACUUUCGGUCACAAAGGACUCUAAACCCAGAUGGAUACCACGCGAACAUCUCGGCCUGGCUACUUGCUCUCGCGAGAUUAGCCUCUGAAGGGCUAUUAUCUCGCCAGGGUUCCAAGUCGAGCGCUCUCGUUUUCAAUAUCGACGAAUCACUACGACGGUCGCUGAGUAGCAAGCAAUUUGGCCAGCCAUUAGCGCUCGGCACUGUCAUCAAUGAAGCGCUGGCACAAAGGGAUCUGAUACCUCUGCAGACUUUCCUGCAGUCAACCCAGAAUAUAUAUCAACAGCAACAGAGCUGGUCACAGGUGCCAUGGAAUGUCAUGGGAUGGGCGCUGCGGCAAAUAGGAGUCAUCGACCCGACUCGAGGCGAAGAUAAGAUACCCAAGGGCAAUUACGUUGUCAUGAAGAACGUAGAAGCAACCAGCCGGGAGCUGGGAGAAACGAUUGCCGAAAGAACAUCACGAUAUGACCGAGCUUUUACGCGAGCUCAGUUCCAGACACUGUUCGAAUCAGUGCUGGCUAAGGAUCAGCGACUGUCCGAGACAGAUUUUGAUGUGCUGUUAAAAUUCCUAUCCCGAGAUAAGGAUAUGAUUGAAUACAAUGGCAAUACGGUCCGCAUCCGGGGACUUGGUGAAGAAAGAGGCAUCACCGAGGAAGAUGCGUCUAUCGCAUCUAUCAAAGAGCUGAUGGACAGCCUGGAACAUCAAGUCAAUCUACUUGACAAGCGGAUACAUGAACUAGAUCAAGAGGCAAAGAAUGCAGUUCUACGCAAGAAUCGCGUAACAGCUUUGGCGGCGCUCAAAUCGAAGAAACGGGCCGAAUCUUCUUUAUCAACACGAUAUGCCACUUUCAGCCAGCUCGAGGAGGUGGCUUCAAGGCUACAGCAGGCUUCCGACCAGGUGCAGUUGGUCAAAGUCAUGGAAUCAUCGGCCAGUGCGCUACAGAGCCUCAACGCCCAAAUUGGCGGCUCCGAAAGGGUUGGGAUCACGAUGGAUCAUCUCAGAGAGCAAAUGAGCGCGACAGAUGAAUUAACUGCCAUUUUAUCUGAGCCCACUGGCGACGUUGUAGAUGAAGGGGAGAUUGAUGAUGAGCUGGAAGCCUUGGAGAUGGAGCAGAACAAGGAAGAGGAAGAGAAGCAGCGCCGCAAGGAGGAGGCUAGGGAAGCUGCUAAAGCCAAGAAGGAGCUCGAUGAGCUGCCAUCUGUACCAACGGAAGAUGCAGAGAGAAUAGGGGCUCAAUCACCAACAAGGGCGACGGGUAUUGCGAAUCUGUCACUCGGUAAUUAGAGGAGAAGGAAAGUAACAAUCUUCGGAUUCUAUUCAUUUUACAAGGGCUCUUUUUUUUUUCCCAACGCAGGGCUAUAUACUGAUUUCAAGGUAAAGGUAUGAGCGUGAUUGAUAUAAAUGUUUUAUUAUUAUUCGACAAAUAGAAUGAUCAAUGGGUCUUUUAUUGUCUCAAUAAAAACAAUUUCACCAGUAGAAUGCGAGGUUUGCGCUGUAAUUUCUUCAUUAUAUUCAUUAUCCCCAAUCGACUACGCUCGAAUCAGAUGGGUAUCAUUAUCUUGAUAUCAGAAUAUGUACACCCUAAUAUUUAUCUUGUUUCUGCUAUAUUACUUUUUCUGACGCUUCGGCUGUUGGCGUUUAGUCUAUUGGUCGUUGUGAAGCUUCCCAAGCCAUUGGUUCAGCACCGUGAGGGGGCAGUAAUUGCAUAACCGGUGCGCGUUCUGGCUCUUCUAAAUUCCUUUGGGCUGCUGAACUACUCGAGGCCGGUGGUUGUGACGAUGAAAUGACCAUCAAAUCUGGAGGCUGGCUUGUUGAGCUGUGCGGCUGAUCAAUUGUUGAUUUAUCCUCCUCCUCCUCCAACCUCUUCUUUGUCUUGUCUCCAUUUCUUCGAGCGCUCGCGAUAAGGUCUCUGAAUGAAGAGUCGUGCUUAGCUGCCCAUGCAGCACCGUCAAAGUCUUUGUCCUUGAUCGCCGCCGCAGUUUGUAUCACUCGGCCAGUAGUCGGUGC